UGAUGACGAGGAUAUCUAACGGCAGGUUUAUGGCCUCUCUGUCAAAUUUAAUAAAGUCUCAAAAUCCUUUCGUACUGUAAGAUAUUUCAAUCAAAUCAAAAUCGAUAUAAAAUCGAUUAGCGUAAUAAAUAUGAUCAUCCUCAUCUGUCUUAGAAUUGUCGAUGGUAAUUUUUUUGGAUCUGUGCCUGGAUUUAAACUAUUGUCUAUGAUUGUUUUGUGGAUAUUGAAAUGUCACUUAUAUUAUGAUUUUAAUUGUAAUAUAAAUUGAAUAUUAAAAGCUAUAAAUUAGAUUAAAAUGGCAGUAACGAUCAAUACUAAGAAUAAAAAAGGACCGAUUAUCGAUCCAGCAUUAUGUCGAUGUUGUCGUUCAAUAAAAAAAUGCCGAAUCCUGUCGGCGGAAUACGAAUGGAUGGGAAAUAAAGAAGUGUAUUCAGAUAUGCUUAUGGAUUGCUUUGGAUUACUUCUGUCACACCUAGAUGGUGAUAAUAAGGAGAUCGGAAUCUGUGCAACCUGUGUGUGCAGGUUACGUGAAGCAUGUGCCUUUAGGCGGCAAGUUCUGCAGUCAGAAGAGGUGUUUAUGAAGGCCAAGCUUGAGGGAAAUAAAGAUGAUUCACAAUACCCAAUGGAGUUUAAAACCGAACCAUUAGAAAUAAUGGAGGCUGAUAGUCAAAUGGAUGAGGCAGAGGAUGUUGACCAAGAUGAAAAACCAUUAGUAAAUCUAAUCAAGGCGAAGAAAGCGACCGUUACAGUUGCAAGACGCAGAUCUGUUCGUACAACACAUGUAAAGUCUGAUACAAUGAAAAGUGAGGUUAACAGUUUAAGCAGAAAGAGAGUUAAUAUGGAUGAUUUACAAGAUGAUACAGAAAUACAGGAAAGAAAUAAAUUAAUACCAGGGAAGAUGAAAAAAACCUUUAACCGUGAAGAAAUGGCUUAUACUAACACAGUGACUAUAGUUCAUAAUUCUUAUGUCUGUCCGUUCCACAACAAAGUUAGUAAUUAUUAUUGUUAUUAUUGCAAGGACCAAUUUACAAAUCCCAAUGAAUUACGCGAACACACAAUGACACACGAACCAAAAACAAUGUUCGAAAGCAUGAUGGAACAUAAAAAGAUACCGAAAAUCGAUAUUACAAGAAUCGAUUGUCGAUUAUGUCAAGAAAAAAUCGAUAAUCUGGAAACGUUAAAAAAACACCUCACUAUUAUCCAUGGUUUGAAGUUGCAUCCAAUCACAAAUGAGUUUUUAAAAUUCCGUUUGACGUUAAAUAAUUUAACUUGCACAGAAUGUAAAAGCAGUUUUCCAUAUUUUGAUUCGUUAAAGAAACACAUGGCUGAACAUUUUGGUAAAUUUAUUUGUGAUAUUUGCGGUGCUUGUUUUCUAGAACAGGCUUCUUUAAGAACACAUAUAAAGACUCAUUAUAAAAUAGACAUGUGCUUUCCUUGUGAGAUUUGCGGUAAGAAUCUUAAAUCUAAAUAUAGCAGAUAUCUACAUGUAGCGACAGUACAUGAGAAAAAACCAACAGUUAAUUGCUACAAAUGUGACGCGGCUUUUCUUUCACAUGCAUUAAGAAAUAAACAUUUAAUUGAAGUACACGGUGAUAAGAGAACAUUUCCCUGCAAAUUAUGUGACAAAGUAUACAAUAGAAGGAAAACAUUAAUGGAACAUAAUCGAAGAAUACAUUUAAAAGUGUAUAGACAUCAAUGUGAUUUGUGUGACCAGAGAUUUUAUUUACCAUCGAGAUUGAAAGAGCAUAUGGCAACACACACCGGAGAGAGGAAUUUUCGUUGUGAAUUCUGUGACAAAGGUUACCCAAGAUUAAAAUCGUUGCAGGAACAUUUGCGUUCGCAUACUAAUGAUAGACGGUACAAAUGUGAUAUAUGCAAUUCAACUUUCACACAAAAUGCCAGCCUUAAAAAUCAUUUGAAGAGUCACCAUCAAGGAUAUGAAAUGGAAUCCAGUUUUAAUUAAUAAAAGAUAAAUUCUUUACGUG